ACCUGUAUAAUGUUUGUUAUUGCCGAGAGAAAAUAGACGCAUCUUGAAAUAUAUUUUAAACUGUCGAAAUAUAUUUCAGUUGAGAAAAGCUGCUCUUGAUAAUUAAGUAAUAACCGCUCACGUGAAUACAUUUUUUUAAUUUGGUAAUUAUGGCCAGUUUUCUUGAUGUUGACGACUCGCUCAAGAUGAAAAACUUAUUGCUCGAUGAGGAUAGAAGUGCUAUAAGUGAACAGAUGGAUGAAUUUAUGAAGCAACUCGAUUCUAAAUCAUCCGUCCUCGUGCAACCUACUCCUGGUAUCUGUGUAAAGACCAGAGCGAUCGAUGGACAAAAAGUUUUUAUCAACAUAUGUGUGUCUAGUAAAAUUCCACCACCAGAAGACAUAUCUGAUAGUCAACUAUUUAAAAUUAUAGAAGACGAAGAAACUACUGCUUACACUAUACCAAUGAGUAUUGGCAGUGAAAGGAUGGAAGCAGAUAAAUCUGGUAUAGCUAGCGCGACAUACGAUGUCAUGAUAAAUUCAACAUAUUUGAAAAAAUGUCAGGAGAGGAAACAUUUCAUGGCGUUUACGAUAUUAGUCAUAUUGAGUGGAGUCGCAGAUAAAUUUGACAAACAUCUUGAAAUGGAAGAUUAUGUCAUUCUCAAAAAUCGAACAGUAAUUGGUAAACUGCAACAGCACAGAAUAGAAAAUCGCGAGGUGAAAAAGCCACAAAGCUAUAAACCACUGAUUGAGGAAAUUUCUACGGUAUCUAUGGAUAGGAGUGAUUCAUUGGAUAGUAAAGCAACAAAAAUGGUAAUUUUACGGGAACCGGCCAAGGGCCCAGCUAAGCGCUUAAUUGCUUUAUUUGAUAUGUCAAAAAGUGUUACGAUUGAGGACAUAGCAGUAUUAAUUAACUCCGAUCGCAUAAACGUAACCGAUGAAAAGGUUUCUUGUUCGUACGAUGUUUUGCUUCCAUAUGCGCUCGAUGUAAAUGAAGCAGAGGCUUUUUUCGAUUACAACAUUGGGGUAAAAACAUGCAUUUGCAUUUCCUCAUAUUGCGUCGAAAUCAGAUUUGGAAAUAAAAUUUUCUUGUUUUUCAGGUGUUACGAAUAGAUAUAGUAAUAGGACCGAAAGCAAAUACAAAUACUAGGAAAUAAUUUGGUUCUUAUGUUUAUUCCUUUUUCGAUUCUUAAGAAUUUGUUUUCACACGUUAUUAAGAUGAUUGAAAUUUUGUUAGAUUUCAUAUUAAUUCUAAAGUGCCUAUUAAUUUUGGUAAUUUUUGGAAGAAAGCAUUAAGUUUUAAUUCAGUAAAUUACGUUUCUAUCUAAGAUAAACCUGAAAAAG